ACCCCGGCGGCCCGGGACCCGGCAAGGACGGGCGGGCUAGGGCGACUCGGGCCGUGCAAGGGCAGAAAGAGAAUUUCUGGAAGGAGCUGGGGCAGGUGGAGCGACGGCUAAGUGCAAGGAGAAAGUAGCGGGCCCCGGUUGCCCACCGUCCUGAUGGCGCCAACAGGUGAUAUCUGGCAAGCCUGGUCCCCACCCGGGGUUCAGCGUCUCCGUCUUAACUGGGGGUUGUACUGUGGCGUUGGAUUGGUUCAGGCUGGCACAAGGGCUGCCCACUUGUUGGACAGAGCUUUUAGGAAUUUUGCUAGUGCCUCUUCCCAUCGUACAGCCCCCAGGAAGGACCAGGCCAGGCUGCUGAGAAGGGGCACAGCAGCUGAGUCUGGAGCUCACCCCUGCCGUAAGUGUGGGCGCCUGGAAGCCAUUAGGGGCCUGGGUGGCGCCUGCCCUGCCCCUUGUGUGACAGGCUUGGGAUUCCUGGAAGGAGCAGGCCACCCCCUCCCUGCUGAGCCCAUGCCAGGCCUGGCAGCUCCCAGAGGCAGAGAAGAUAUGGCAGUGGCUCCCUCCCUGUUACCCUCUGAGUUUAGGGGCUACAGGAAGGGCCCAGCAGACAGGGCCCAGGCCCUAGGACCCCUUCACCACCCCCCAUUCCUAGCACAGCCCAGGCUGCCGGGCUGGCACUUGGAUUUCCUGCCUCCUUCCCCUCCCCCGCAGGCUCUCACAUUGUUUUUCUUUUCCAAGAGCUUCUCCAGUGGAGCCUGGCCAGGAAAAUGGGGAGAGGAGAGUCCCAGGAGACAUCUCCCCCCCGGUGGCCGGGAGAGUAGUGGGUAGCGGUGGCCAUCAUGCACAGUGGUAUCACAAUCGCCAAACGGCCCCCGCGCCGCCCCUGAGUCCAGCCCAAGUUCAAGGCCAGGGCCCACGAGCCCGCUUGCACCAUGAGCCACGGGCCGAGCCCCCGGCUGGCGGAAUCCCCGCAGCUGUCCAAAGGCAGCCUCCUGACCAUCCUAGGCAGCCCGUCGCCGGAGCGCAUGGGGCCCGCGGACUCCCUGCCGCCCACGCCGCCCAGCGGCACGCCCUCCCCAG